UGAUAUCAGAUAUAUACGGGUCAAGAGCUCAAUGUAAUAUAUACAAAAGGGUAUAUCCGCCCUUCUCUCAUAUAGAAUAUAGAGAUAUAUUAGAAUCAGCGUAGUGUUUGCCUAGCAUAUGAACGUCCGGAGCGUAUGGAUGUAAGUCGAUUUGAAGGGCGAAGAUUAGACCCUCAGGCUAUCAGCGCGUGGUAGUCCCAUGAUGUUGUCACAGCAACACAAGCACGCCCAGCAACAACGGCAAAGGAUGAGUAUUCACAAUACUAGCGUUAAUCCCAAUGUUAAUGUUAAUGUCGGCUUGUCGAGUGCAAACCCCAACCCGGCGAUCGUAGACCACCGUGCGGAUUCCGAUAUACAACUUGCUCUGCAAACCGAGUUGAAAGUCCUGGCGGCCGCACUGGCUAUAGAGACCUCUGCCCUGCACUUGCACAACGAACACCACAAUGCCUCGACCACGGGAAACAACUCCAUUAAUGGAUUGUCCAAUUUAUUAGACCAACUAGUGAAUGUAUGCACGGUAUCUCGCUUGGCUGAGGACCUAGAUGCGGGUGUAGACAAUGUCAUCUGCGCGCUGACAGAGAUGUCACGUCUGCUGCUGACCACGGUAUCGGUUGUGUAUCUAUACGAUGCCAAUGGUAUCAAUGCCAACGGCAACAGCGGAGAUAACUGCUCGGAGUUGGGUACGAAUGGCGAUGGGACUGUAUUCCAACCGCCUCCGAGUUCACGGGGCUCUGGUUCAGGGCAAGGCCUCUCUGGCCGUAACCAUGGCAACACGUCAGUCGAUAUUAUGAGCAAGUUGCACCACCUGCUGCCGAGCUUUCCCAUGUGGUUUACCGGUGGCAAGCGGUUCAGUGCAGCGUUUACGCACGUGCACUCGCUGCUGGAGAGGCACGCACAAGGACGCCCCAUCGAUCUGCAGUCGUUGAACGAUGGUCUGUUUGCCAUACGUGAUGCGUGUGAUGUGUGCUACGAGCUUCUGGAGAACAUGGGUGGCAAUGGGAAUGCAGGCUUCAAUGUUAACGGCACUAUGAACGGAAAUGGCAGCGUGUCCCAACAGCGCAAGAGUAGUCUAUCGAACCACGCCAACACGCAUGGGCACACAGGCGGAGAUGGCUACAGCCGAGAGCGGGUGAACAGUUCAAAUAGUAGUGCGGGGGUGGGCAUGUCCAAGAAAAGCGGGGGCAGAAACGUGAAUGAUAGUCGGGUUGGUGAUGGAAGGCGUAUCAAUUCGAACAACUCAGGUGGUCAUGAUAUAAACCCACAGUCGCUGUGGGAAGAGCAUCAUGCCCACACAGCUGUGUUUAACGGCGCACACGCCCAUAUGCACGGCCGCAUCAGCAAGAGCAACCAAGGUAGUUCAGAUAUUAAUGGGGGUCUCAACAACGACAUAGGUUCUCAUGGACAACCUAGCAACCACAACCAGUCUCAGGGUAUGUUGAGCUCGGAGACCAGCAAGAUGUGGGCUAUGGGUCCCUCGCUGCUGUUCACACCCCCACCUACGCCUGAGGAUGCAUCGUCACCGACUAUAGCGCGUUCGGUACACGGCGCGGUGAGCGUUGACGACAGUCCGGUAUAUGCAGGUGGUUCUAAAAAUAGUAAGGGUACCGGCAAGCACGGUAAGACCGCAAACACUGCAAGUGGGGAUGCGCACGGUCUUGCAGACACGCGCGGUAGCACCACUGCUUCCAUGAAUAGAAAUAUAGUAAAUAGUACAUCGGUUUCAGCCAGAACCUCGGCAGCCAUUGAUAGGGACGCGGCCGCGAAGGCUGCGUUCGAAUCCGCGCCAGGCCCGGAUGUGAUGCGAUCUCUGUCAUAUUGUAUUCCUGCAGCCAGUAGCAGCGAGUAUGUCGAAAACCAAGUCGAUUCCAUACAUGAGCAGAUAAUUGGGGGCUUGGAUAGGUCUGACAGUUCAGAAUUGCUGUCCAGUGAUCUGAUCAACGCGCUGGAUGAUUCGAAUACUGAGGAGGAUACCACGUAUGUCGAGAGUAUGCUGUACGAGGAGGGUGGCCAUGGCCACGUACGACCCAACCAUACUUUACAGCGUGGUACGGGUGGGAACUCCACUGGCGGCAGACACAGCAGUAUCCACAAAACACCAGCUUCUUCGCAGUCCCGAACGCAGCAGUCGAACAAUGGAAAUGUCCGAGGCAACGUAGGAACUCAGCGCAAGAGUAGUAAUGACGCAUACGGCAACGGUAUGGAGUAUGCGGACACUUCUGGUAUAUAUGAUACAGGGCUGAAAAACGCUGGACGUCCGACUCAGACUCAGCGUCAACCGCCUUACACCCGUACGCGCAAUGGGAGUGGUGAGAGUGGGAAGCGAGGUAGUUGCGCGUUGCCUAGCAACGAUCUGGGCUAUCCGCAACGAGAACGCCAACCGCCUCAGGCGCAGUUCGGUACCAAUGUAAUUGGUGGGGGGUUUCGCACGCCCUCUGGGACUGGUAGUAGUGGUUUGCACGACAACAUUGACGGAAAUACUGGCCAAGGCAUGCACGCGUACGGGCAGGGUAACAACGGAGGGUUUAUGACCGAAGGAGCGGUGGGUGGUGGGUCCUCUUAUGGUGUCCAUGCGACCAACGAGUCACACGCACACAACCAGGAUCCGAGCGGGUUUGUCUCGGCCUCCGCGCCAGCGUCGGUUGUGGGUAGCCCUGCACAGAUGCGUAGAGCUGGGGGUUAUAUGGUACAUGUACGGAACACUCAUGCGGAGAAUACCGGAGAUUCUAUUGGGGAUGGCAGUACACCCCAUAGCCGUGCUCACAACGGACAUUUGAAUGGUGGGGAUGUGGUGCUGAAUGCGGCUCCUGGCGGUCUAGUUGGUGGCAGCAAUCCGUCUAUAGUGUGUGAGCGGUCGGAGUAUACCGAGGUGGACUGGUACGGUUCGACUGUCGGCACAGUAGGUAUGCCGUUCUCAGCGAACCAGCAGUCUGUGCCUACCCCUGCGCAACCCACGCUGUCCAGCAUAACUGCUGCCACACCCUCCGUCAGCCAUACUAUAAAUAACUCUGGGUAUGCCGGGGGUGACUCGAACCUACCGUGGAAGGAGCGUCCCACGGGCUUCCGCGUGGUUAUGUGUAGACAUAUGGACUCCAAGGGCAAGUGUAAGAAGGCCGGGACCUGUACUUUUGCACACUCUCAGGCUAGCCUAGAAAAGUUUCGAGCGCUGUAUAUACCUACUGAGAAGUGCAAUUACGGCGCAAAGUGUGCUUAUCGGAAUGCUGGCGGGUGCCGCUACAGUCACACACCUUUGGAGCAGCACAAGUCUAUCAAGGUGUACAAUGCCGCCGUGGCUACUUCGAUGAAGUCGAAGGCUGAUAGCUAAGCUAGCGACCUAUCGGGCCUGUGUAGCUGAGUGUGAAAAGAUUGGGCCGGAAGCUGUUUCUAUUGGCGUGUGUUUUUGUGACUAGAGACCCCUGUUGUUCUCAGACCUAAGGGUAUAUCAGGGUAGUGUGUCGCCAGAUUGAGGAGAUAUUGCGAAGUUUUUUCGCAUGGGGAGGAUGUACACAGAAAGUUGAUGGUGAUGGUCUGCGAAGAUGUGAGGGGGAAAGAGUUGGUAUACGCUGGUUUGCGGACCGUGAUAUAUUAACGUGUAUAUACAUAUAUGGAAUACGGACUUUAUCAGAAAUAGCAAUAGUGAGGAGUAUGCCGUGCGAAUAACUGCGGUGCUCUGGUGGUGGUAGAAUUAGGAGUAGAAUUAGAUUGAUAUGUUAGGGAUAUAAGGUCAAUCGCAGAAUAGCAUAAUUAGCAUGAGAAUACGAUGGUGCUUUAAUAAGCUAUGCCUGCGUAUAGCAAUGGAAAUAUUACGAGUUAGGAAGUAUAGUAGGAACGUAAACUCUGGUCGGAUGCGAUGGUUGUGAACCACAACAAUGGAAUAGAUCGCGCGAUAUAGUGCCUGGCGGUACUCCGCACGUGUUCAGGAAACACCGGCGGCAAACCCGUUCUCGUCUUGUUCAAAAUAGAAUAUAAUACGCAAUAAAAAAUAGGAAACAUCA